UUUGUGGGUAUAUGUUACUAUUUUUUCAAAUGGUAAAUUGCUGCAGUAAAGCGAAAAAAUGAAGAUGUUAAAAAAAUGUGUGCAUGGAAUAAAAUGUUAGCGUCGUUUUAAUUAAAAGGUAUAGUAGCCGCGCGUGUAACUUAGAUACUUUGAGUGACGACAGUAACAAAUCAACCUUAUCUAUGAAAUCAACAAAAAGAAGAUUGGUGUGGCGUGGUUGUAUCGAUAAAGUUCAUUUGCCAUUAGCCGUUUAAUGGCCGUUUAUUGUUUUACAUAGACAAUAAUGUAAUGUGCACGUGAUUUGUUGGAAUCAAUACGUGCAGGUUGUGUAAAGAAAAUUGUGCGAAAAAGUUAUCAAUGGAAGGCAUAUUAGCUUUGUGCCAUUUUUGCGAAACUCACGGCCCUUGUGUAAUACUGUGUACCCAAAGGUUUAAGCAGGAACCAAAUCAGUCAUCACAGAAUCUUUCAGCAUCUUGUGAUGCAUGUUUUUCUAUUAAUGCUAAUCAAGCGUUAAUUUGCCGUGAAAAUGGUAAAAUGUAUGUUACAACACGUGUGCCCUUGCAACAAGAUCUGGCAUUCCUACUAAAGCAGGCAGCUAUAAGAAGUUUAAGUUGUGAGGAAGAAACCAGCAAGGAUGGUGGUUCAAUUUACUUUGGUGAUAGUGAACGUGGCCACGUUAUUAGUCAUUCGUUUCUAUUACAGGACUCGUUAGCACGUGGCUUUCAACGAAAGUACAGUGUACUGAUGUUAAUGAAAGACAAGGUUCACCUGCUUAAUAUAUGGCCAAGUUUGAGUGAACAUAUAAAGGAGUUGAUCAAAGAUUUACAGCAACAGGCUGCUCGGAUAAACGAGUUGGAGCAAGAACAAAAAUCGCAAAGGGCCUUAAGGCAAGCACAAGGUUCUCCGAAAACAACUUCUAGGUCGCUGUCGGAAUUAACAGGUCAACCUGCAAUUUUUGGGCAUAUUCAUUUGUGGUUUAGCUGGGUAUUAAACUCUGAAACAAUUACUGAAAAAUCUCCGAGAAACGUGAUGCCACUUCCUUCACGGUCGCCAGUGAAUUUGAGAUCUUUUUGUAGAUCGUGGCUGAAGAAUAAUUUUCAAACCGUUUGCUUUUGUGUUCUAACUGGUUGCGAAUUAUUGGUUGAUGACGAAUCUGUUAGAGAAACAUUUCGCACAUUAUUACCUGAAGAGUGGCCUCCAUGCCGACUACGUCCUCCUUGCAUAUUAAAAUACAAGAAAAUUUGGAAGGUGGAAUGGAGCGAGCAGCUACCAAACAAAUUGCCUUCUCUACAGAUCGAAAUUGAAAAGGCAUUGAGGAACCCUGAUUUACCAGAUGCGGCGCUCGAAUCAUUUUUUAAUUAUUUGCUUCUGAGAUGGCGAAAUAUUGCAUCAAAUUUAGUGAAAGUAACCUCACCUGAUGAUGUUACGCUGCUCCAAUCUAUGGGAGUUCAAGACUGUGAUAAACCAUUAUUGAAAUAUUGGAUUGAAAAUUGUAAAUAGCAACAGAUUUACUAGCUUUUUAAUAAAGAUUACCUAUGUAAAU